AUGCUGGAUCUACCCUCCUUAAGAAUCUACAAUCACAUGUUACUAUUAAUAGCAGCAGUGGGUGUGUCCAUCUCCAUGAUGCUUAUUCCAUCCUGUACCAGUUUUGCUGCGUUGUUAAUAGUUUUAAUGCUUAUGGGAUGGUGUAUGGGAUGUUUGGAUUGUCUUGCCAAUCUGAGAAUGAUUCUUCUCUUUGGAAAAAACGUUUCACCAUUUCUACAGGCCAUGCAUUGUUGUUACGGUUUUGGAGCAUUUGUUAGUCCAAUGAUAGCUUCGUCAUUCUUACUGAACCGAGACUGUUCCCCAUAUGUUGAUGGUUUUACUCUAGAACCACCUGUAGAAAGCAUAGCUAUGGGACUCAAUAGAACUAUAUCUGUACCACCACAACCUAGAAAAGUAUUUCGCUACACUCACAUGUCACGCCUACCUUAUGCCUUCUAUAUAUUGGGUGGUCUUCAGAUGUGUAUAGCUGCUGUCGUGUUGUCAUUAGUGGUAAGAGAAAAGUUUGGUGGUUUAGUCUCACCUAUACCAGAUGUAGAUCUAGGGGAUGCAACUAUCAAUGAGGAUGCAUCAAAAAGCAGUAACAUCCUGUCCAGACUAAAUUGCUGUGCAUUUGGACCACAAUCAGUUGUCAUGUUAGCAUUGUUAGCAUCAGUAUCAUUGUUUUUAUAUGAUGGCUUACAGUCAUCCUAUGCUAAUUAUAUUUAUACUUUUGCUCAAGAAAGUGAUGUACCAAUAGAAAAAUAUGAAGGGGCUAUUUUAGAUGCUUGUUUUUGGAAUUGCCAACAAAAGCAGAAUGCCAGGAAUUGUCAACAAAAGCAGAAUGCCAGGAAUUGUCAAGAAAAGAAGAAUGACAGGAAUUGUAAACAAAAGCAGAAUGCCUCAAAUUGUCUACAACAGAAGAAUGCCAGGAAUUGUCUAAGAAAAGAAGAAUGCCAGGAAUUGUCAACUAAAGAAGAAUGCCAGGAAUUGUCAAGAAAAGAAGAAUGCCAGGAAUUGUCAACUAAAGAAGAAAAGAAGAAUGCCAGGAAUUGUCAACUAAAGAAGAAUGCCAGGAAUUUUCAACAAAAGCAGAAUGCCAAGGAUUGUCAAGAAAAGAAGAAUGCCAGGAAUUGUCAAGAAAAUAAGAAAAGAGGAAUACCAGGAAUUGUCAACAAAAGGAGAAUGCCAGGAAUUUUUAACAAAAGCAGAAUGCCAAUAAUUGUCAACAAGAGAAGAAUGCCAGGAAUUGUCAACAAGAGAAGAAUGCCAGGAAUUGUCAAGAAAAGAAGAAUGCCAGGAAUUUACAACAAAAGCAGAAUGCCAGGAAUUGUGAAUUGUCAAGAAAAGAAGAAUGACAGGAAUUGUCAAGAAAAGAAGAAUGCCAGGAAUUGUCAAGAAAAGAAGAAUGCCAGGAAUUGUCAACAAAAGCAGAAUGCCAGGAAUUGUCAAGAAAAGAAGAAAAGAAGAAUGCCAGGAAUUGUCAACAAAAGGAGAAUGCCAGGAAUUUUCAACAAAAGCAGAAUGUCAAGAAUUGUCAACAAAAGAAGAAUGCCAGGAAUUGUCAACAAAGGAAGAAUGCCAGGAAUUGUCAACAAAAGCAGAAUGCCAAGAAUUGUCAACAAAAGCAGAAUGCCAGGAAUUGUCAACAAAAGCAGAAUGCCAGGAAUUGUCAACAGAAGCAGAAUGUCAGGAAUUGUCAACAAAGGAAGAAUGCCAGGAGUUGUCAAGAAAAGAAGAAUGACAAGAAUUGUCAACAAAAGCGGAAUGCCAGGAAUUGGUUUGUUUGCAUUUGGUCGACUGAUUGCUAUAUUUUUAGCUGCGAAGUUUACAGCUGCUUUCAUGUUGUUGUGUGAUAUUAUUGGUUGUGCUAUUGCUAUAUUGAUAACUAUUAUAUUUCGAUCUAGUAAUAUUGCUAUUUAUCUUGGUACUUGUUUAGCUGGUAUCUUUAUUAGUAGUAUGUCCCCGUCAGCUAUGUCAAUGAUGGAACAGUACAUAGAUAUUAAAUCAUCAAUAACAACAUGUUUAGUGGUAGCAGCUUGUCUAGGUGAAGCUCUCUGUCCUAUUAUAGUUGGUAAUAUGGUGGUCAGUCUAGGCUCAGUCAGUUUUCUAGCCUUCUGUUUUGCUAUGGUUUUACUAUCUUUUGUGCUAUACUGGUUAAUGUUUGUUGCUGGUAAAGAAAUGCCCAAAUAUCAAGCAAAUGGUAAAAGAUCAUUUGUGUUUUUACGAAGCAAUAAUGGUACUGGCGAAAAUACUGUUAUAGAUCCAUCAAGCGUUAAAUAUUAUACACGCAUGCCUGAAUCAGAUAGUAAUGUAGAGUUAGCUCCCUUACCAGACAUACCUAAACAGAAUGGGCAUCAAUAA